AUGAUUUGUGAGCGGGUCUCUUCCCCAUGGGACCGGUGGAUCGACACGUCAAUCAAGAUCAAUGGCGCCGACAUUGGCGUCGAAGCCAUCCUUCUCGGUGCCGUCACCGCGAUAGGAGGCUUCCUAUUCGGCUAUGACACCGGUCAGAUCUCGGGCAUGCUUCUAUUCAGUGACUUCAAGAACAGAUUUGGCCAGAUCACCAAACCAGAUGGAUCAAAGGAAUUCGAGUCCAUCAUCCAGUCACUACUAGUAUCUCUUAUGAGUAUCGGUACACUUCUCGGUUCUUUGACUUCAUCAUACACCGCCACCUGGUGGGGCCGCCGCAAGUCCCUUACAUUCGGCGUCGGCCUCUUCAUCAUCGGCAACGUCAUCCAGAUCACCGCCAUGCACUCCUGGGUACACAUGAUGAUGGGCCGCUUCGUCGCCGGUCUAGGCGUCGGUACCCUCUCCGUCGGUGUGCCCAUGUUCCAAUCCGAGUGCUCCCCUAGAGAAAUCCGUGGUGCCGUCGUCGCCUCUUACCAACUGCUCAUUACCUUUGGUAUCCUGAUCGCCAACAUUGUCAACUACGGCGUGCGCGAGAUCCAAGAACAGGACGCUUCCUGGCGUAUCGUCAUUGGUUUGGGUAUCUUUUUCUCGCUUCCGCUUGGUGUGGGAGUGCUGUUGGUCCCCGAAAGCCCGAGAUGGUUGGCGUCCAAGGAGGAUUGGGAGGGAGCCCGCAUGUCGAUGGCGAGACUGAGAGGCCUGAAGCAUGACCCGCACAAUGAGCUGGUGGAGGAUGAUAUGAAGGAGAUGCGGGAAGUUUUGGAGAAAGAGAGGACUGCGGCCGUGGGAACUUGGAAGGAGUGUUUCAUCCCCAACAAGAACGGUGUUCCCAAGCAGGUGUACCGCACAUUCCUGGGUAUCGGCAUUCACUUCUUGCAGCAGUGGACUGGCGUCAACUACUUCUUCUACUAUGGCGCCACUAUCUUCCAGUCGGCGGGUAUCAAGGACCCCAUUCAGACACAGCUCAUCCUCGGCGCUGUCAACGUCUUCUCGACGCUGUUCGGUCUCUGGGUCGUCGAGCGUUUCGGACGCAGAUGGCCGCUGUUCAUCGGUGCUAUCUGGCAGGCGUCUUGGCUCGCCGUGUUCGCUUCCAUGGGCACCGCUCUCGAACCCGACCAAAACAAGACGUCGGGUAUUGUCAUGAUCGUCUCGGCGGCACUCUUCAUCGCUUCUUUCGCUUGCACCUGGGGUCCCAUUGCUUGGGUCGUCAUCGGCGAGAGUUUCCCUCUGCGCACCCGUGCCAAGCAGGCUUCGCUUGCCACGGCUGGUAACUGGCUUGGAAACUUCAUGAUCUCCUUCCUCACUCCCCUCGCCACCGAUGGCAUCGGCUAUGCCUACGGCUACGUCUUUGUAGCCACCAACAUCAUGGGCGCACUCCUGGUCUGGUUCUUCCUGUACGAGUCCACCAGCUUGUCCCUCGAAAACGUCGACCUCAUGUACAGCGAGCCGGGCAUCAAGCCGUGGAACUCGCACAAGUGGAUGCCGCCUGGCUACAUCACACGCAUGCAGCGUGAUGAUGAGUACUUCCACCAUCCUGAGAAGGGGUCGGAUGGUCUUGAAAUCACGAAUGGAAGCAAGGAGAUGCACCCCCACGAGGAGAGGGAAGAGAAGGUUGUUAACCAUAGGGUUUAGGCUUUUAUGGUUGGGAGAAAUGGGUAAAAUGAAGGGCAGCGAUAUGAUUCUUGUACAAACUUAUGCAUAUGGGAGGUUGUAAGAUUAUGGGUGGAUAGGCUGUUGGCAAGGCGUUGUUGGGUCAUGAUGUUUGGAUAAG